UUGGAUUAUUAUUAUUAUUAAAAUUCGGGUCCGGCCCGGUCCGUGUUCUUCGGGAGGAUGACGAAAGACCCGAUGAGAAAGUGCUCCCAAUGUGGGAGCAAUGGGCACAAUUCCAGGACGUGCUGCAAAGGUUGUACCAGCUUCAAGCUCUUUGGGGUCAAAAUCAAUGUCGUCCCCGAUGAAUCGCCGCCGCCGCCGUCCAAUAAUAAUAAUAAUGUAUCUUCUAUUAGGAGGACCAAGAGUCUCGAGAGCCUCCUCCCGCCGGAGACCGUCGAUCACCGCCGCGACGCACGUUACCUCUCCUCCGACGAUCUCUUCCUCCAUUCCGCCCGCUCCUCCUCCAAAAAAGGGAGCACAUGGAGUGAGGAAGAGCACAGGGCAUUCUUGGUAGGGCUGGAGAAGCUAGGGAAGGGAGACUGGAGGGGGAUUUCUAGGACAUAUGUCCCUUCAAGGACUCCUACACAAGUGGCCAGUCAUGCCCAAAAGUAUUUCAUUAGAAUCUCUUGUUUGGAUAAAAAGAAGAGGAGGACUAGUGUCUUUGACAUGCCCCUCAAUCAAACUACCACAACUACAUCCACAACAACAAUGGAGCAACAGAAUGGAGCUACACAGGGGAUUAUUCCAUCUCCAUCUUCUGAUGAACCUGCUCCUCAUCCUGAUCCCCCAAAGCAGGCUACUACUAGUACUAGUGUCUCUCCGCCUUCGAAAAAUGACGAAUCCAAUGCAAAGGUCCUUGAAAGAGUUGAUGAUAAUAAAGGGCUACAAAAUCCUCCAAAAGGCAAACCAUAUUCAGUCUCAAAGCACCAAAGGCCUCCCAUUCCACCCCCACCUCUUCUUGUGGUUCCAAGCUUCAAUUGCAUGCCUUACAUGUCGGGGAGAAUGAUUCCGGCGGUGUCGUGGGCCCCCCUUCCGCCAUAUCCAAAUCAAAGGCACGGCGGUUAUGGUGGCAACUUCCACGGUCACUAUGCCGCCGCCUCUUGUGUGCAGUAUAUGUCGUCGUCCCCUCAAUCGGCGGCUCUUCCGCCGCUAGUCAGUGGUCCUCCGCCGUCCUCAAAGCAAGACGGCUUGCACCUCCCUUUCGGAGCACUUACACUGUGAUAUGCCCCGCCGGCGCCGGCUGCAAAUGGGAUUUUUCCUUAGAGCGUCCCAAACAAUUUUGAGCAAUAUAUAGAUGAGUUGAGU